AUGCUAAUACCGUUCUUCAAGCAAAUAUCCUCCUGGUGGGCCGCAAAGGAACCCCGCGAUGUCCUCCUUGAAGCGCUCGCCGACUCCAAUCUUUACGAGGAAUAUGAAGCCGCGGCUUUCCAGCUCGACGAGGUCCUUGGCUACGACCUCUGGCGCCAGAAUCCUACGUCCAAAUACUACGAUUACCGCCUCAUAUACCAGCGGUUGCAGGCCAUAACUACGGCUCGCGAGGAAGAUGACAUACUGGGACUUGUGUCGCUGUUGCGAAGUGGAUUGGUGCGGAAUCUGGGCAACAUAACGGCUUCGAGGCUGUUCAACAGAGCAUACGCCGGUACCAAACUGUUGAUCGAGGACUACAUCACGCAGGUCGCGCUCGCUGUGGACCAUGUUACGAGUUACCCAGUGACCGCGGACUCGGGACUUACAACUCAAAACAAGCUGGAUGUGCUGCACGACACGCGCCAGGCCUUUGGACGUUCGGUCCUUGUCCUUCAAGGCGGCGCCAUCUUCGGGUUGUGUCACCUGGGUGUAGUAAAAGCGCUCCAUCUACGCGGCCUUUUACCUCGUAUCAUCUCUGGAACAGCGACCGGCGCGCUGAUUGCAGCACUUGUCGGCGUCCACACCGAAGACGAGCUGCUCGACUUCCUCAAAGGCGAAAGCAUCGACCUCACAGCCUUUACCGGGAAAGUCGAAGCCUCGAGGCAAGGCACAUGGUACCAGACCGUCAUGCGGCGUAUCAGGCGCUUCAUUCGCGACGGCUACUUCCUGGACGUAUCCGUCCUAGAACAAGUUGUCCGCGCCAACGUCUCAGACCUCACCUUCGAAGAAGCCUACCUCAAGACUAAACGCGUCCUGAACAUCACCGUCUCCACCACUGGCGGCGGCGGCGUCCCCGACCUCCUAAACUACCUCACCGCGCCCAACGUACUCAUCUGGUCCGCCGCCCUUGCCUCAAACGCCUCCUCCACCCUCUACAAACAAGUCACCCUCCUCUGCAAAGACGACGCCGGAAACAUCACACCCUGGUCGCCCUCGCUAUCUACUACGUUCCGCCCCUGGACCCACGCCUCGUACGCAGACACAAGAGAAUCGCCGCUUCAUAGAAUAGCGGAGCUGUUUAACGUGAACCACUUCAUCGUCUCCCAAGCACGUCCCUACCUCGCCCCCUUCCUCCGUUCCGACCUGCACCACCCCAACCCCAAACAAGACGGCAGGAGAUACCAGCUCAGCAUGCCCGUCCUGCGCCUCAUCGUCAUGGAAAUCCAGCACCGGCUUCACCAGCUCAAUGAGCUAGGUAUCUUGCCCCCGAGCAUACGCAGGUUUCUGCUUGAUGAGAAUAUCCCCGGUCCGAGUCUGACGCUCGUGCCUGAGCUCACCCCGCGGGAUUUCUUCCGGUUGCUGGAGAAUCCGACGAAGGAUGCGCUGGACUAUUGGAUAAGGAGGGGCGAGAAGAGCGUGUGGCCGGCGGUGGGCGCGCUGAAGGUUAGGUGCGCGGUGGAAGUUGAGCUGGAUAGGGGGUAUCAACUCGUGCGACGGCGGCGGAAGAACGGGAGGCAAGGCGAGAAAGAGAGUCCCACGGAGGGCGUGUCCAGCGCGGUGAUGGCAGGCGAGCGUCUGAGAAAGAGCGGGAGCAGAGGGGAGGAGGUAUGGGAGAGCGAGAGGCGGAGGAGGGCUGCGAGUUUCGGAGAAGGAUCCACACUUUUGUCGCAUACUCAUGCAGGAUAA